AUGGAACAGUUCGAAGGUUGUGGAUGUGGUUACGGAUUACCUGGUUACAGUGGACCAAAAGGUAAUGACGGGGAAGAUGGUCUAGACGGGAUACCGGGCAAUGAUGGAGCACCGGGAGCAAAUGCUGUUACAGUGGUUGCUGCGCCAACUGAUUUUUGUUUCGAAUGCCCUCCAGGGAUUGCCGGACCGUCAGGACCACCAGGCCCAAAAGGAUUGCCAGGCGUGCCUGGUGCGCCAGGUUUUGACGCAGCGGGAGGUGAACGCGGACCAGUGGGGCCCUCCGGACCAGUAGGACCGCCGGGAACGCCAGGUGAAGCUGGGCGAAAGGGAAAACCAGGUAUCGAUGGGCGUGUCAUUGAGCAGCCUGGGCCACCAGGAGUUCCCGGAACACCAGGACAACCUGGUGCAGAAGGAGCUCAAGGUGUUCCAGGUCCUCCCGGAGCGCCAGGAGUACCAGGUUUGCCAGGCCCAAAAGGAGAGCCAGGUAAGCCUGGACCAAAUGGUCGACCCGGACUUCUUGGACGAACAGGUAUCAAUGGACGACGAGGGCCAAAUGGAUCGUGUGAGCACUGCCCAGCACCAAGAACGGCCCCUGGCUAUUAG